AUGAAGACGGAUCGCCGGAGUGUGGUUCUUGUGUCCUCUGUGGCUCCGCCUGUGGGUGCUACUCGAGGGCAUCGCAGUCUCGGGGACGGGGAGAACCUGGCCCUUGGAAUAGUUGGGAGGCGCUCUGGCUCUAUUCAGGAUCGCACAAACAUCAACACCAGAGGGUGGAAUAACUCGACAAGGGCUUCACCCUUAUGGAAGCGUAAAACUCAGGAAAACAAGGAGAAUGGCAAAUUGCCGAUAUCGAAAAAGUUUCAGCAUGUCCAGAGCAAGCUUGCAGCGCCCGUCUUCACUCAGCGUCGCCUCAAGCAAGUGGAGGUUGCGGAGAAACCAGGGGCCGCUUCAACCGGAGGUCCCUUGCAGGCCGCAGCCGACGUCCUCAACGUGGCAGCUCCCUCGGCACGAGCUGUCCCUUCAGAGAACACGUGUGCCAAUGGUCCCCUAACGUCAGUUCCUUUCGACUUUUUCGUGACGAGGCGUUCCCGCGGACUGCAGCAGCAACCAGAGGAGGACUUUUUCACGGACCACGAGCAACUUAGCUCUAACUUCGCAGCCCUGGGACCGAACGUACGGAGCAUGGGCGAUGGUCCUGACCAACAGCAGACCUUAUGCAUACAGGCCGCGCCGUUAACCAGCCCCUUGCCAGAGAGCUUGCUGCAAGGCUACGCUGCCACUUUGUCGCCGCAAGCCCACGGCGAACCGAAUGGUGACAAUGGCCCUAUGCAGCAGCCCGUGGCAAACAAGGACCUCGAGGGCGACAAGGAUGCGGCGAUUGCGCCAUGCAAACCAGAGCUCACAACGGGAAUUGGAGAGUUUGAUACCUUCGAGCUCAGCGUGUCCAUUGCGUCCGCUGGUGUCACAGCUGCAGCCCAAGCCGACAGUCCUACGGGGAGCGCGGCCAGCGUGGCUUUUUGGGGCAGGGUGUCAGACAAGGACUCGGAACACAGCCGCGAAAGCCCUGUAGCAGCACCGCUUCUUGCAGGCGGCGUUGAGGCAGAGCACCUGGACGAAUCAUCCCCUAGUGCCAAGAGCACAGAGCACGCGGCUGAUGGCUCGUCCAGUGCCCCUAGUGUGCCGCCUAGCCCUAUUGAGGUUAUCUCACCUGCAGCGGCCUCACCUGAAGGUGCUAUGCUAUCCCCUGGGGGUAGGUUCAGUCCCCAGGCAGCGGCUGCAGGACCGACGGCACCGUAUUCACACCAGCAAUCAGCUGGCCUAAGCUUUGCAUCCCGGCCAGCGCAGCCUGUCGCGUAUGCAAAAUGGGCAACUCUUGCCGGGAAGGUGGAACAAACUCCUGGCGGAUUAUCGGAUUGUCAUGGUCCCACAAAUAUGUACGCCGAUUCACCGCAGCAGUCGGCCGGCCUCAGCGUGGUCUCGACCUUGCAGCGGGCGGUGGCUUUCGAUGUUUGGGCAUCUGUCCAGCGUGCGCGUGCAGCUCAGUCGGCAGCUGGCGACAUGCACAGCCCCCCUGGGCCCUAUGCACCGUCACCAUUGUCCUCUGUGGGACCCGACACGGUGGUCAAGCCUGGUCCGGCAGGUUCCUGGAUCCACAGCCCAGCAAGCACGCCGGUAAAUAGGGCUGAGAGUAGCACCGACGACAGAUCACCUGCAGCACACAUCCGGUGCAACCCGUUGUUUGAGAUUGAUUCGCCUGCUUCCAGCAUAUCGGCCUUGCCGGAACGGGCAGACGCGCUCGGCGGCCUGGCACCGACACCUUCCCCUUCGCCAGCACGCAUGCUGUCGGCACCGAGCCUGGCAUCGACGCCGAUGUCCGCGUUCAGUCAGGUGCAUCGCAGCAGCCUUACAAGCCCCAUGGGGGAAUGCAGCCCAGGACACUUCGACGCCAGCGUGUUCGAUGCAGUUGGCACGCCAACCUCUGCUCUGGCCAUGCCGGGCCCUGAGCUGCAGACGUCUACUGAGACUGCCUUCCCCACGAACACGGGUAAUGUUGGAGCAACGGCCCAGCCUUCAUGUCCAGAGGAGCCGUCAAGGGAUCUGGAGGCCAAAUGUCCUGAUAUUUCACAGUCUCCGAUGCAGGGUGAGGCGAGCUGCUUUGGGCCGACGGUUAACAACAUCGACAGAGGAGAAAACCGCUCGCCAUCACCAAGCGAAUCUGCACCCCGCUCUCCCUCAUGCACUACACCUAAACUUGAGGAUCCUGCAGUCGUGCUGGAGGAGGUUCGCCCUAGGGCGACCUCUUCUGCCAGCCCGAAGGAGAUGUCAAGCCCAGCCGCUGACAGUGUGAUAACCACCAAAUUUGCAGCUAGCCCUGUCGAGGAAUGCAAUUCCCAUGGGAGCACGGGCGCAGAGGUUCCACCCGCGAUGCAAACGACCCAUGGUGGUCUGGCUGAUACGGACACGGAGGACUUGAAUCCUGAGCAGUCGCCAUCAACGUCCGUGUAUGCAACGCCGCUUGGCGAGUUCCCAACACCCACAACGCUUGCAUCACUCUGCAGUGCAAUUUGUCUGACUGGCAUGCAAACGGGUGCUGGCGUGUACACGCCGAGCGGUCAGGGACAUCUUGCGGGCGCUGCAGUUUCUUCGGAUUUCACAUUCGGCUUUAGAAACAUGCAGCUUGUUGGCAGCGACCCGCGCUUGGAGGCUCCAACGCCAGUGCUGGGUCCCGGUGUGCCAGCACCGACAGAUGGGGCCUCUGCAUCACACGUGGCACCGGCACUUGGAUUAGGACUGCAGUUCGGCACGGGCUUUGGCUCGCCCCUGCCAUUGACACAGCUUACGCCCAUGCAGAUGCGGGCCUUGGACCAGAUGGCAGGCCGCGUGAUCGCUGCUUUGAGCCCCGCCCGAAAGCCGGUUUCUCCACGCGGUCAAAGUUCUGUUCUUGGGCAUGUGGACGCUGUGCAAGAACCCUCAGCGUCGGACGCCGAGCCUCUCCUUGGGCGCACAGCUGUUUCCGCAGCCUUUAACUUGGCUCAGCUGCUGGCAAACCUGCGGUCGCCACUUCCUGCGCCGGUGCACCAAAGAAGUCGGUUUGCGCCAGACCAAGAACGCACGGACACUGCAUCUGCGGGGGUUGUGGAGAGCUCAGCAGGCUGGGCAGAGGAUGUUCCGGCAAGCAUCUCGCCAAGUGAUACACAUACUACGGUCGGGCCUGCCAGUAACGGCGAUGCCGCCCCGGUCCCUGUUGCGUCACCCAUGCCUAACUUCGCCCGCCUUAUGGCGUUCCUAAACGGGUGCGGCCGUGCCGCCACCGCUCCAGCGGGUGGUACAGACCUGUCGAGCCGCCAGGCGCAAUCGGAUGAAGCGGAGAUUCCGCCAGGCGCUUGCGAUUCGAGGGCGGCAGCAGUUGACUUGGGACAGCUGCUCGCGCACCUGCACUCUCCACUGCCCAACCAAUCGGAGGCGCCAUCGGGGGACUCUGGCAUCGGUUCUGGCUGUGUCGACAGCCCCAUCACGGCGCACGGCGGCCACGAUUCGCCUGCAACAUCCGAGGCAGCCAGCUUUGGUUUCAGUACCGCCGCAAAGCAAAUGGCUUCCCGCAUUACGCCGUCAACGACGCCGGGAGGAGGCGGCAUCAGUUUCGUCCGUUGGGCUCAGGAGACCGGGCCACCAUCGUUCCGCCUUGACAGUGAUGCGCCUCACGUCCGGGGGAGACUCGCCCGCACGCCUCCGACACCCAUGAGCUUUAGCUUCGGCGUGCCCUUUGGGAUGGCACCACCCAACGAUGAAAUCACGCCGGCCGUUGGCAACGGUCGUUUGGCCCACUUGCGUUCGUCGCUUGCAACGGUGGAUGCGGGACGGCCGCUCUACAGUACGUCAGCGUCGCCUGCAAGGAGCCGUGCGUCCUUCAGCUUCAAUGCAACUCCUGCGAACGGGAGGGUGCCCAACGGCAGCGCUACCGGUUCACCUGCCUUUUCGUUCGGCGCGCAGAUGGGAGCACCAAAUGCAUGUGUCGCCACGCCGACGGCGCCUUUCGGGCCCAAUGCGGCUCAGGACACGUUUAGGCCCACAGAAGUUGAUGCAGCAGAGAGCGCCGUGCGGGGCAAUGUACGGAAUCACGUCGGCAACAUGAUAUGCCAGAACAGGGACAGUCCAGCUAUAUCUCUCGGCAUUUGGCGGCCUAUUCCUUUUGGUGGAGAGCCGCUCGUUGGCCCUGAGCACUCGAGCCAGACGCCCUCACAACGAGGCUUUACUUUUGACAAUGUCGCUUCAUCCCUGAUGGCCACACCCAUGUGGCCCGGUCUGGGUGCUGCUGCAACGAUCAAAUUGGCAACGGAUAGGCCCGAUGCGGACUUCAUUCGGGACAUGGGCAUCGCAUUAGAGCAGUUGGCGGUGGCUGCGUCGCCGACCCUGUUCAACAUGACCGCCCAGGGAAGUCCCCAGCAGUCGCCGGGGAUCAGCUCAAGUUGUGAAACCAUUCAUGCAGACAGAGGGUCUGCAACCGACGGGCUUGGCGCGUCUGGGGCGAGCUUGCAGGACGAUGUCUACACACCGGCGGCUGCCUUCCUCUGGACAACCCUCUUGGGCAACCUGUGCUCACCCAUGCCUGCGGGCGUGCAUGCCCGUUCUUACCAUGGCCAGCAAACAAAGCAGCAGGCUCCACCCGCUGCCGAUGCUCCGUCCUCCCUUGGCACAUUACCAGCAGGGGCCUUGGUGGAUGCAUUGUCAUCAACAUCAAUCGGGUCUGUGCCCGACUCUCUGGGUCCGGCCGACCCACUCUUGGCCAACGAGGUGACGGGUUUUGUAACCCCGCCGCCGUACGAGGACCUCCCAGACCUGAUCGCCCGCGGACUGUGUCUUUCCGCCCCGGCUCCCGCCCAACCAUUGGAAGACGUUUUCGUGCCAGGCCUCGCGCCCGACACAUGCAGUGUCAUCGGUGAGAACCCCACCCCGCUGGUGUGCCGAGCAUCAUGUGAGCACCUUCCUGCAAACUUGCUGCCUGCCGCUUCGGACGUUCCACUGGAAGAAGUUGGUGUGCUGGGCCAGCUUUUCCAGCCAGUGGAUGAGCUGCAAGCAGCUACAGCGGGAGCAGCUUCUGUGGACAGCCCAGAUGCGUUUGUGCAGUCGCCUUCCGGGCAGCUAAUCAUCGAAUCCAGUAGCGACAGCAACAGGAACAGUGCGGGGACAUUGUACGCCGCAAAUAUGACAGCAAGCGAUCUUACAGCGUUGGACGUUGCAGGCCCACAGGAGAGCGCUUGCGGUGGCGCCCCAGACAUCCGCGAAGACUCAGUUCGCAGCUCGCCGGUGUUCAGCUUCCAUGUGGCGUCUGAGGGCUCCGUGAGAAGCGUGGGCUCCACGGUCCCUGUAGCAGCGGCAGUGCCCAGCACCGAUAUGGAGAACCCUGUGCUCGACGAUGCCUUGAACGAUAGCAGCUAUGGCAUCAGGCAGCCCCAGGAGGACGGUGAAUACCGCCAGUGCGACACACCAGCCGAAAGCACUCCGCAGCCUAAGGGCAUUACGUUCUCCGUGGAUGCAGUGCCUCGUCUCCUUUUCGAUGCCAGCGUUGACAGUAAGGCAGCGGCAGCCGAGCACCGUGACCGAGUCACGCUGGAGGCCUGCAAUCGACGCAUCCGCGCUAAUGCCGACCUGCUCCUUGAUUUUCAGGGUUCGCCAGGACACAUCGCACCCACGGUGCCUGUAGCCUCUGUCACCGGCACCAUUACGCCUCGCUUGAAGGCCGCCGGCCUGUCCGCUGCUUGGCAAGGCACCCACGCGCAAGUGGGUCAUACCCAGAAGAACUGGGAAGAGCCGCAUGGUACCUGCAGUCAUCUGCUAGCUCAUACAACGACUGCAUUGCAGGUUGGGUCGGCUUCGGUCGCCACAGCCCCUGAUGACGGUCAUAAACCCAAGGAUUUGUCUGUGACAGCGCCUGGUGCAGCAGUCGCCUCAGCUCCCCAGGCCCUGUCGGCAGAUUCCUCUACUACUGGUCAGCUUGGCGCAGCAGCUUCCGCGCUAGAGGGCAAGGACUUUGCGGAAGGGGCACAAGCUGGUCCACGCGCGCGUGCAUUACAGCAGGGACAGGGCCCGCCUUUGCAACAGCUGGUUGCCACCGGCAUCGAGCAUGCGCUGGCCUCCGCCACGGCAGUGGUUGUGCAGCACAGCAGCAUAGCGGCAGUGGGCCAUCUUCCCCUCAGCCAUCGGCUGGGGCUUUGGCCGGCUGCCGCUUGGGGCAUCCCGUGCAUUCCGCCUACGGCCGCAGCUUCAAGCGGCCCAGUGGCCGCUGGCUCGGCCAACUCAGGCCUGCCACGAGAGGUGGCGAAUCAGGUACAGGCCGACACUAUCUGUCCAGCGCCGCAUGCAGCAGCUCAGGCGAAGCCUGCCUUCACGAGCCGCGAUGUGCAGACGACCCCUGGCCUAAUCAAGAUGGAUCUGGAUUACGAUGGCAAGGUGGACGGCGGACUGGCGACGCAAGCUUCUGAAAAGCAGCGUGACAGCGCUCCUGGGCAGCCUGGGCUGGCAUUGCAAGGACUGGGGAACGCUGUCAAUCGCAAACAGGUUUAUCGGUCACGGAUCCCCUUGCCGGGGGGCACCAUUGCGCCUAUGCCCGCUGCCAGCAGCUCUACCACCCAGGAGUCCGGAGCUAGCAAGGCCUCAAAUAGUGACGGUGAGGAGUCGAGUGGAGGCACAGGGCCGGCGGCCACGGAACGCGUGGUGCGUUGGCGACGAUUGUUGAGCUGCCCAGCCGCCGCUGGUGGACCGCGGCGUGUGCUCGUAAAGCGUGACAUGCAGCGCAACCCCGUGCAAGAGGCCGCCGAGUUUACAACGUCCGGAGCUAGCAAGGCCUCAGAUAAUGACGGUGAGGAGUCGAAUGGAGGCACAGGACCGGCGGCCACGGAACGCGUGGUGCGUUGGCGACGAUUGUUGAGUUGCCCAGCCGCCGCUGGUGGGCCGCGGCGUGUGCUCAACCCCGUGCAGGAGGCCGCCGAGUUCACAACACUUGGGGAGGAAGAGAUGCGGCGACGGGCGCAUGUCAUGGGCAUGCGAAUUAGCCCGUACCUUCGGACGAAACCACCCAGGGUUCGCCCGCCGGAGGCUCCUACGGCCCAAAAGGGUUAAACGCGUAUAUUGGGGAAUGUGGGCAUUUCGUCCAAGGGUCCAAUGCAUGUGUCGUGAGGAAAGCAUUGCUCUCGCAUAGGACCAGGGGAAACAAAAGCAUAUGUGUGUUCUUAGCUUCCGUCAAUGGUCAGUGCAAUCACCUGUUGACGUAAUGCUGAAUGAUGUGUAGUAGCGGCGUAGGUAUGCUGUGCCUGCUACUCAGCCAGCUCCCAAACCCACGCUCUUAACUGCAUAAUUCCUCGCCUGAGGCGCAGUGGUUUCCCCGGAGGUGAAUAUGAAUAUUGGUGGAAGAAAGGGAUGCUAGAUGGACGGCUGGUUGGGAUUGUGACGUUUAGGAAGAUACCCCGUGUACCUUCCUUACGGGACUGCCGUGCAAACUGAUAAGCUGUAGUCCUGGACCGGCCGUGGUUCGGUAAACCUCACCGUCUACGACGAUUUAGGUUAAGGUUUUUAGACAUCAUGGCGUUUGUCUGUUAGUGGUGGGGAUGCUAAUGUGCAUCACGUGGGUGGUGUGGCUGUGUUUUGUACUUGUCGUGAGAGCAGAUGUGUUGCGCGUCUUCUGCAAUACGUCCCAUGCAUAGCGGUGUGCUUGGCCACCAAGUUAACGGUUACAUGUGCUUGCCGGUGCGUGAUACUGCUUGCAAACCUUUUGGCCAACCCUGCUCAUUGGCCGCUAUAACCUUGCGGCCACCACAAUGAAAUCAUUUAUGUCCUGUCCAGUGCUAAAGCACGAUAUUGCUGCACACGCUUCGUUGCAAGACGGCAUCAAGGUUGCCGCACGAUGCACGGACCCCUACCCCGUUGCAGCAUGAAGCAAGAUCAGCGUAAAAAUGACACAUUCCAUCACACUCCAGGACUUGGUUAUUGCACUUUGCAAGGAUGAAGGUCGCGUUGCGAUAGUCUCUUUCAUCACACGCUGCACAUUUUAAGGUUCGCCAACUCC